CAACCUGAAGCAGAUUAAUCGUGUGAAAGGGACCUAGAAGGUGAAAACCAUGCCGAAUAAAAAGAAAAACAAUCAAGCAAGGAACCCUUUUUACUUCUUUAUGGUUUCUUUGCGGCCCCAACUAGAAAGGCAGGGGGUAGUUUUAGAAAAUGGCAUGAGAUCAUUGGCAGAAAUUGCUGGCCCUCGAUGGAAGGAACUACCUGAGCAUGAGAAAGAGGUAUAUCAAGAAAUGGCUCGGCAAGACAAAGCAAAUAAGAAAUAUCGCCCUGCCCGAAAUGAUAAAAUGGACUGCACUGGAGAGUAUAUAUCUAGACGUGUAGAUACUGUAAGUUUGAAUGAAAAACGUAGGAAAGAAGAAAGAGAAGAAGUAAAGAGAGGUUGGUUACCGGGAAGAGCCAUAUGUGAUGAAAAGUUCUAUAUGAUCGGGUUCAUGUCCCUGUAUGAUCUUCCCGAUGAAGGAUUCCUUCCUUGUGAGUUAGGUGUAGUGGAAUAUUCGUUGAAUGGAGGAAUAAUGCAGAAGAUGCACUAUUUUAUCAAACCUGGUGAAAUUAGAGUAGGCCUUCGGUACACAGCUGUGAGUACAAGUGAAAGAACUCAUCAGAUCCCAGUUGAAGGUUUGGCAAAGAGAGAUGACAGCCACCGCAAGAUCUGGCUGGAUCUGUUACGCUUUGUCAAUCCAGAGCAAACUCCAAUUUUUCCUCCUGUGUAUUGCAGGAUAUCAGAAACAAAACAAACUGAGUAUUGCCUUCAGUGGUUGGCUAGAAAAGCAGAAAUGCCAAACAAAUUGAAGAAAGUGUACGAGUUAGAAGGAGUAAUAUGUGACUUACACUCACAUUUCACGGCUGAAUCUGGUAGUACCAUGGGGAUUUCCAAGUCAAAGGCAACAGAGCUUAUCUCCAGUACUAUUUUUGAUUAUGAACCAAAUUCAAGGUGUGACUGGCAUGAAAAACAGGAAGUAAAGUUCUGUGCUUUGGGAACAGUCUUGCGAUACUGCUACUGCAUAUCAGAUUUCUUGUGCUCAGUUUAUGGAAUCCCACUGACUCCAAACCAUGUACCAGAAAGACCAGAUGGAGUCUUCUGUACUGUGAUUAAGCCUGCAGAUAGCAAAGGAUCAUCCUCUCGAGAAGAAACACAGCCCAGAUAUUCAAAUAGACCUCUGGAAGAUAAUAGGCCUUUUGCCUCAAGAGAUUAUCGCUAUUUUAAUGGUGGAGCCAGAAGUAAAGGUCUUUCCAGUAAUCAAGGUGUGUACACUCGCUCAGGACCCACCUAUGACCAACAAAGUCUGCAUGAUGACAGUGAUGAUGACACUGUAUACACGAGGAGAGCUCAAGCACCACCACAGUCUACAGCUUGGCAGUUUCCACAAAGUCGUCAGGCCCAAGCCCAGCAACCAACAUCUACCUUUGGAGUGGGUAGAGGAAGGGGAAGGGGACGUGGUAUUCAACUGUCACAGCCUCUUCGACGACCAAACAUUCCCGGCAUGGCAGCAAGAGGAGUCUUAGCUCAUCAAGAAACAUCUUGGAGCAGUAUUGCUAUCACGAAUAAAGCGUCACCCCUUGAAGGUAAUACGACAGCAUGGGCCGGAACAGAUUUUCCGCCACACCCAGUUGGCCGAGGUGCAUCACGACCAUUGAACAAUCAACCACGGGCCUAUGCUGGGGCAUUGAAUCCACCAGCUGCCGCUCAGGCACCAAUGCCGCCAACAGCCUGGCAACAACCAGCUUGGCAACAACCAGCUUGGCAACAACCAGCCUGGCGACCAGGGAGUGGUGUAGCAUCACAGAUGAGUUCCCUUUCCUUGGAUGACUGACACUUUCUUCAGAAAUGUGUAAAUUUCACCAUGUCUCUUUGCAAGGCGUACUCUUUCAACAGAGUUAUGACAUUUUCCUUCAUGUGAUCAGUAUGCUUAAAUCCUAAAAGCUCUGCUGAAAAAGAGAAAUCAGUCUAUGACGCCUUUCUACGAAAUAUGUUACUUAUAAUUUUGAUCUUUAAGAAAUCGCCAUCCCCUAUUUUUGAACCACAAAGUUCUAAGCCUAACGCACUAUCUUUUUUCGUAUAAUAAACUGAAUUCUACCUGCAUUUUGAUGGGUUCUCAAAAACGAUCUAGUAGAUGACGACACCAUGAACAACAGUUUUGCUUCUUACUUAUGUAGUAAAAAUAGAUUCCUUAUUGCCGUGUGUCUGUUUAGUAAUAACCACGACAGGACAAAUUGCCCAAUUCUAAGUUACACACGUUUACAACUGUGCUACAACUUUGCUCGCGUGUUACAUAAAAGUACACUCGUUUUCAGCCAAUCAGAAGCGCGUAAUUUUUUUCAGGUACAUUAGCAAUGCAACAAAUGGGAAAUACAAAAUCCUUUUUUGAGAUUAUUUCUAACAGCUAUAAUUUAAUUUAUGUCAUUAUAUAGAUACUGAUGAAAUACCAGGAUAUUCCCUUUUACUGAAAAGUCAUAUCUUCAUCGCGCGCAGUGAAGAUACUAUUUUUAUCUUUCACGUGUGAGGAUAUUGGUGUUACCGUGGUUACUAACAUGAUUAGCCAAUUACAAGAGAGCUUCCCGCUCAGGCACGUGGCCGGUUCGCACGUAUCCCCGCGCGGCCAUGUAAUAUCCUCUAUUUCUUAUUAUAUAAUAAGCUCAGUUGUGCACGCAUUCUGAUUGGUUCUCACUGAUGAACUAUUGGAGGAUAGACGUAUAGAUGACGUCAUCAUUAAUUAUAUAAAACAAAUAGAUUCCAAGUUGCCGUGCGUCUGUUCAGUAUUAGAUCACAGAGGACGUCAAAACGUGGUAAGAACAUCAGUGACACACUCGGCUGCGCCUCGUGUGCCACUUUUUUGUUCUUACUGCAUUUUGACGUCCUCUGUGAUCUAUUACUGAACAGACGCAGGGCAACUUGGAAUCUAUUUGUUAAAUUUAUGUUGUGGUUAAGAUACAUAGUUCUCAUUAUAAUGUUUACUUUUAAUAGCUGGAAUAAUUUGUAAAGUACUUCAAACUUUGUUGUUCACUAGUUUCUUGUUACCACUGAAAAUAGAUGAUUGAUUAUGGAAAAAAAUUUCAGAUGAUUUUAAAAUUUAUGGGGAACUGAAAUCAUAGCCUUAAUCGUUUGUUUAUUGUCGUUAAUUUCCUUGGUUUUUUUUGUCAAAUAUUUUAUAAAAACGUACUAUGGUAUUGAUAAGUGUUAUGUUUAAGUAAAGAACAACGUUUUGAAAGGAACGUAAAAAACUUGAAUCGCUAGAUAGACAACUAUUAGCUUCCUAAAAAAGGCGGUUAUUCAUCGUGGUGAAUAACAAUAAAAGGUAAGUUUUUUCGUUUGUCUCA